AUGGAUUACAUUAAAAAUGGAGAUAAAGUUUUGAUAAUUUGGAGUAAUUGUGAACAAAAUGACAUUACAACAUUUGUUAACGAAAUUAAAAGUACGACCAAUGAUGUAAAUGUUUCUUUCGAAAACUCUGCAAUGAUCACUGACAAUUCUCGUGAACGCUCUUCAUUUGAUGUAGUUUUAUCUAACUUACUCCCGCCACAUUCAGUAGUACAUGAUGAUAGUUUAUUAGCUACAAUAAUUAAAAUUCUGAAACCCAGCGGAAAAAUUGUUUUAAAAGAUCAAAACGAAGUCUCCAGUGCCUUAAAACUCAAUGGUUUUGUCAAUGUAACAAAAGGUCCUGAUAACUUAUACACUGCAGAAAAAUCUAAAUUUGAGGUUGGCUCUAAAGUGUCACUAAAUCUUGGUCAAAAACCAGCUGUUUGGAAAUUAGAAGAUACAGUGGAAGAAGCAUGGUCAGGAGUAAAUGAUGAUGAUAUAAUUGAUGCAGAUCAGCUCUUAGAUGAAGAUGACUUAAAGAAACCAGAUAAACAGUCUCUUAGAGUCUGUGCAACAACUGGUAAACGGAAGGCUUGCGCUGACUGUAGUUGCGGGUUAGCGGAGGAGUUGAGAGGUGAAACUAAAGAGACUCCAAAAUCAUCUUGUGGCAGUUGCUACCUUGGCGAUGCGUUCCGUUGUGCCACGUGCCCGUACCUUGGCAUGCCCGCUUUCAAGCCCGGAGAGAAAGUAUUACUUGAUCUCAAGUCGGAUAUAUGA